AUGGCCGUCGAUGCGCGACCGCUUGGAGGUGGGGCGCCACGUAGCUGCGGCUGCUCCCAGCCGAAGCUCGGGCCUUCAUGUCGUCGAGGCGCGGCACAGGGAGAUGGAAGGAUGGAUGGGCGCGGCGGAGGGCAGCAGUCCGGCGACGGAGCAGAGGUGCAGCAGGGAAGAAGGGCAGGAGCACUGGGCGAGGAGGAAGACAGAGAUGGCGCGAGCAGCGACCUGCAGGUGGUCGCCUUCGCGGACGACACAAGGGGCGGCACCGCGCCAUGGCUUGGGUGGUGCGAGGCAUGGAAGCAGAGGAACGGUGCGAGGGAAGGUCCGGCGGCGAGGGACACCGGCGAACGGAGGCGGCGGAGGAAGGAGAGUCCUGCAUGGGCGCGCGCACAGGGCGGCGGCCUGCUGGUGGUCGUUGGCGCGGCUCCAUGGCCAAAGGCCGAGGAGGAAGAAGAAGACGGCAACAUUACAUCGAUCGUUCCUGUGAGCAUUUGCUCUUGCGCUUCUUCAUACUCCAAUUUGCUAGGAAGAAGCAAACAGCCAUAUUUGAUAGCAAUGGCAGCGUCGGGGUGCAGCGUCAUCGUCUUGCUCGUCGUGUUCACGGUGGCGGUGGGGGCGGCGGCGCUGCUGCAGCCGGCGGAGGCAGCGACGGCGGCGGCGGCGACGAGGCGCCACGCCGACACCCGCGUGCUCUGGUACCCGGGAACCAGGCAGCGUAGCCCCAGCGGCUUCCGGGGUUUCCCUCGCUCAAGGCUGUCGCCGCCGUCCGCGGGCAGGCUAACGCCGCCGUCGCCCAGCGGCAGGCCGAUGACGCCGCCGCCGUCUCAGGCGCAGGCGCCGCCGGCGCCCAUCUCGCCCCCGUGCACCGCCGCGAACCCACAGCCCGGCUUCCCCGGCAUGCCGGUGGGCGGCGCCGGCGGCUUCGGAGGGUCGUCGCCCUCGCCGCCGUUGGCGCCGACGGACUGCGUGACGCCGCUGGCGGGGCUGAUGACGUGCGCGUCGUUCCUGACGGGGAGCGAGGCGGAGACGCCGACGCCGCAGAGCGAGUGCUGCGGCGGGCUGGGCAUGUUCCUCAACAGCUCGGCGGCGGCGGACGACCGGUCGCUGCGUUGCCUGUGCCCGGUGAUCCUCGGCGACGUGAACCGCAUGCUCCCCAAGCCCAUCGACCCCGUCCGCAUGAUGUACCUCCCCAUCGCCUGCGGCGUCGUCCUCCCGCCCCAAGUCCUCUUCAUCUGCUUCACUGGGCAGCCGACGCCGCCGGUGGUGCAGCAGAUUCCCGACUCCUGGAAGACCUCGUCUUCUUCAGCCUUGUCGCCUUGA